UGCAAAUAGCAAUUCCCCGUAUCUAAAGAUGGGCAUAGUGUACGUGCUGCGAGACAGAGAAUUGUUCGGAAAUAUAUGGGAGCUACUUCUUCCACGACACAGAGAUGUGUGCCGCCAACACUGUCAGAGGCGAUGACUCCUGUCAGGGUGACAGUGGCGGCCCACUCGUGGCUGAGAGACACGGAGAGCUGCAGUUGAUAGGUAUCACAAGCUUCGGAUGGGGAUGCGGACGGCCACAAUUACCCGGGGUGUAUGCAGAUGUCACAAAGCUGAAGUCAUGGAUCAACUCUAAAAUAAACUCCUGGGCACCUGAGGCACCCGGCACGAUGAGCAGUUGAAUGUAUAUUGCCUGAAAUGUGAUUUCGAUUUUCUUUUACUGG